AGUAGCGAACGGACAUUCAAAGGGGGUGGUUGUCUCAAUUUCGUCCGUAACUGAUUUUUCAACAACAGUCACGUAGUAUCAGCUUUGAAAAUAUUGUGGAUCAGAAAAAUCUAUAAAAAUUUUAAAUUCAUUGGAUUUUUGUGAAAAUUUGAGUAAUUUUGGACAAGGAAACAUGAUGCCUUCUAGGUGAAGAAGCCAGUGUAACAAGUUUGGAAAGGCUGUGUAAAAAUUAUCGUCAAACAUGUAUGGAUUCGUCAACUACGCUUUGGAACUGCUGGUGCUGAAAACUUUCGGUGAAGAAAAAUGGGAAGAGAUAAAGAAAGCAGCAGACAUUUCAAUGGAAGGCCAAUUCUUAGUUCGACAAAUUUACGAGGACGAUAUCACGUACAGCCUUAUUGGAUCUGCUGUCAAUAUUCUCAACAUACCAGCAAAUAUGAUUCUGGAACUUUUCGGAAAAAUGUUCUUCGAGUUCUGCCAAGACUCAGGGUACGACAAAAUUCUUCAGGUGCUAGGAGCUACACCCAGAGAUUUCUUACAGAAUUUGGACGCACUUCACGACCAUUUGAGCACCAUCUACCCGGGCAUGCGCGCUCCUUCCUUCAGAUGCACAGAACGGCCGGAAGAUGGCGCUCUAGUGCUGCACUACUACUCAGAUCGGCCAGGCCUUGAACACAUUGUCAUCGGCAUUGUCAAGACAGUGGCUAGCAAACUGCACGACACAGAGGUUGAGGUGGAAAUUCUACGCACGAAAGAGGAAUGCGAUCAUGUGCAGUUCCUCAUUACGGAAAAGUCCGGCAGAGGAAAAGUGGCCAGUACGCCAAUGGAGGAAAUUCAAACAAUGUCACUCGAAUCGAAAGUAAGUCCAGCCACAUUUUGUCAUGUGUUUCCGUUUCAUCUGAUGUUCGACAGACAACUGGUGAUACAGCAGACUGGAGCCACCAUUUCUCGAGUCAUGCCGUCUGCCAAUUACCCCGGAUGUAAACUGACUGACCUCCUGGAUCCAAUUAGACCUCACCUGGAAUUGACGUUCGACAAUAUUCUAGCCCACAUCAAUCAGGUCUACGUGCUGAAAACAAAAGAAGGAGUCAUGAAAACUGAAUCGGACCCCGCCUUCAGGAAUAUCAGGUUGAAGGGUCAAAUGCUGUACGUUCCUGAAUCAGAUGUAAUCAUAUUUCUAUGCUAUCUAAGCAUAGCCAAUCUGGAUGAUUUAACAAGGCGAGGCCUGUACAUUGGCGAUAUCCCCCUACACGACGCGACCAGAGAUUUGGUUCUGAUGAGUGAACAAUUUGAGGCCGAUUACAAAUUGACCCGAAAUUUGGAAAUUCUCACCGAUAAAUUGCAGCACACUUACCGACAGUUGGAUAGUGAGAAGAAUAAAACUGAUCAAUUGCUCUACUCAGUACUGCCUCCGUCGGUCGCGAACGAACUACGUCACAUGCGUCCAGUUGCGCCCAAACGCUACGACAGUGUGACGCUUCUGUUCAGCGGGGUGGUCGGAUUCAAGGACUUUUGCGCAGCCAACACUGACGCCAAUGGAGCCAUCAAGAUUGUCAACCUGCUCAAUCAGCUCUACACCGCUUUCGACACGCUCACAGAUCCUAAAAAGAAUCCUAACGUCUAUAAGGUGGAAACAGUGGGAGACAAAUACAUGGCAGUGAGUGGACUACCGGAGCUAUGCAAUACGCAUGCGCAGUGCAUGGCAAGAUUGGCCCUUGAUAUGAUGGAUCUCAGCCAGAAAGUCAUAGUAGAUGGUCAGCCUGUGAAAAUCACAAUCGGUAUCCACUCGGGCGAAGUUGUAACAGGAGUGAUAGGCAACAGAAUGCCGCGCUACUGCCUAUUUGGCAACACUGUCAACCUGACUAGCAGAACUGAGACCACAGGAGCUGAGGGGAAAAUCAACGUGUCUGAAACAUGUUACAGCCUCCUAAACAGGCCAGACAACGAGGACCCCCAAUUCCAUUUCGAGUACAGAGGACCAAUCACAAUGAAGGGGAAAAAGGAUCCUAUGAAAAUUUGGUUUCUCACCCGCAGUCAGGAAUAUAUUGUAUAAUUUCAUUUACAGUAUUAUGAAUUCCAAGUCUUGAGAUUAAAUUUCAGAGCAAUAAACGCUCAAUGAAGCAUUAAAGUCCUUCAAAACAGACAAUCAAUGGUACCCUUCUUUAUAAAUAAUGUUGAUGUGACGUUUUCCACAUUCUCAAAAUAGGUAAGUCUUCUUAUGAUACCGUACGUAUGUCAAUAUUUAUCAAAAAAUUCAACUGAAGAUGUUUUUCUGCUGUUGAUAUGUAACAAUGUUGUUCUCAUAGACAUAGACUAUAAGUUUCUCUACAGUAUGUUACCUUUUUUGCUGUUGUGUCCAGGUUUCAACGUAUUGAGGUUCAUCUUCCAUGUAAAAACGUUUAGUACAGAAUAUUGAGGCUGUGCAAAGGCUAAAAAUAAUUUUUUACCAGUGAUAUUUUUCAAAGUUUUUCGAUUUGUAUAUCAUCAAGCUAUCAAAAUGAAAAAGGUUCUCGAGAAACAUUUUUUUUUCGA